AUCACACGUGAGGGACGGCGGCAGUAGAAAACGCACCUCGCCCUUCACUGAGCUGCAAAUCAGUACUACUAGAGAAGAAAAUUCACAGAAAACUCAAAACCCAAAACCCCCACAAACAAUGAAGAGCAUUCCCUUGCUUCUGAUGGGCUGCGGAGGCGUAGGCCGUCAGCUCCUUCAACACAUUGUUUCCUGCAGAUCUCUUCACGCCAAACAGGGAGUCCGCUUGCGAGUUGUGGGAGUAUGCGACAGUAAAUCGCUAUUUGUUGUAUCAGAUUUGUUCACCAUGGAGUUAGAUGAUGUCGUUUUAAAUGAACUCUGCCGGGUCAAGUUGGAGGGUUCUUCCUUCUUAGCACUCACUGACUAUGGUACAUGCCAAGUAUAUGGACAUUCAGAACUGGCAAAAAAGGUUAUAGAUGUUGCUGCUCGUCUGGGUAGAUCAACAGGUUUGGCAUUUGUGGAUUGCUCAGCAAGUUCGGAAACUAUUGGAGUACUAACCCAGGUCGUUGAUUUAGGUUGCUGCAUUGUUUUGGCCAAUAAAAGGCCCCUUACUUCUACUAUGGAGGUUUACAACAAACUGGUCUCACAUCCACGUCGCAUUCGGCACGAAUCAACUGUUGGUGCUGGCCUUCCUGUCAUAGCAUCCUUAAAUCGCAUUUUGUCAUCUGGGGACCCGAUUCAUCGUAUUAUUGGGAGUUUGAGUGGUACGCUGGGGUAUGUAAUGAGUGAGGUUGAAGAUGGAAAGUCAUUCAGCCAAGUUGUUAGAACUGCUAAAACCCUUGGUUAUACUGAACCAGAUCCACGUGAUGACCUCAGCGGGAUGGAUGUUGCAAGAAAGGCUUUGAUCCUUGCUCGACUUCUUGGGCAGCAGAUUAGUCUGGAUAGGAUUAAAAUUGAAAACUUGUAUCCUGAAGAAAUGGGACCCGAUUUAAUGUCUGUGAAAGAUUUCCUUCACAGUGGCCUUUUAUUGCUUGACAAAGAUAUUCAAGAGAGAAUUAAAAAGGCUUCAUCCAAUGGGAAUGUGCUCCGCUAUGUCUGUGUGAUUGAGGGCUCAAGGUGUGAAGUUGGCAUUCAGGAGCUUCCAAAAAAUUCCCCUCUAGGAAGAUUGAGAGGAAGUGACAACGUAUUGGAGAUAUACAGCCGCUGUUAUAAUGAACAACCAUUGGUCAUCCAAGGUGCUGGGGCAGGCAAUGAUACCACAGCAGCUGGUGUUCUUGCAGAUAUACUUGAUAUUCAGGAUCUAUUUUCUGGAGAAAAUGUACAAUGUCUUGAAGAAACCGGACGCAAGUAGCAAGGUAUGUGACCAAGCAAGAAAGAGAUACCGCUGUUAAAUAAGUAUUGGAUUCAUAUAUUAAUGCUCCCAAGUUACCACUUGACAUGCAGUUAUGCAUGCAUGAAGAAAUGUGGUAAAAAUUGAAAUGUUGCGAUAAUACCUUGACAGAUGGUGCUGUUCGCCCGACUGUUUUCUUAAAACGAGAUGCUUAUAGAAAUGUGGCAGAAAAAAGUUUAAAAAUUGCUAUUUGAAUACAUAGGCAUCUGUUAGUAGGGAUGAGCUGCCACUGUUGUGAUCUGACUAAGCGACAGAUGAAUACAAAAGUGAUGCUUACAGAUGAAAAA